GACGCAGUGCGCAUGAUCAGAAAGAAACUGGAAAUGUGACGCAAUGUGUCAGCAGCUUCUUCCCAAGUUUUUAUAUUUUCACAUUUUUAAGCAAUAUAUACUAGUACUAACCGUUACAUGUUACGCAUAACUUGAUAUAAUGUUACAUCAAGGAAUACCAGAUCUAUAAGUAGAAUCAGACUAUUUUUGUAUGGCAGCAGUGGUGGAAAAUAUUUGGGGUUGGCUUCUGAAUCAAAAAGUUGCAAUAGAAAAGUACAGCAAGACUGUAUCAGAUGCUGAUAAGACGAGAAGCUAUAGUUGUAAGGAGGAACUGUUUAACAUAACUCAGCCACACAUCACUGUGGACCACAGAGGAAUGGAUGGUGAUGGGCUGGAGGUGGUUACCAUGGGAACCAAUAGUGGUCAUGGAGAGGAGGAAGAGGCGGAGCCAAUGCACAGGAAAAGCAGGAAGAGAAAAAGAAAGAGAACAACUGAUUUGAAUUCAGGAGAGACUGCUGCUAUGGAAUAUCACAAUCAGAUCAGGACAAAGUUGAUACAGGCCCAUACUGCAUUUCUGUCACUUGGGAGAGCCAAUGGACUGUUUGAAGACUCCUCUGAUGAUGUUGUUCCUGUUGGGAAGCCAGUCCCGGACUGGGGGCCUGGAAACUGCCUGGCAGAACUUUGUGACUUGGCCAGACUAACAGAAGAUGAGAAACCACUUGUUCUAUCACAGGGAAUACCUUCAGAAGAGUCCAGAGAUAUUUUUAACCGACUUGUGGUGGUGGAUUCUGACCAGUCAAUUGUUCAAUGCAUGCUGGGAAGCCAGUACUUGCUUCCUCCCAGGUCCUCAUUCCUCAUGUCAGACAUUACCAGGAUGGAGCCCCUCAUACAGGGAGGUAUGAAGUAUCACCUGAUUGUAAUGGACCCACCCUGGGAAAACAAGUCUGUCAAGAGAGGCAAAAAGUAUGAAUCUCUGUCAGCAUGGCAGCUGUUCCAACUACCAGUCCCCUCCCUGGCUGCUCCAGGCUGUUUGGUCGUAACGUGGGUAACCAAUCGGCAGCAGCACAUGAGAUUCGUCAGAGAACGUCUCUACCCUCAUUGGUCAGUAGAGCCAGUUGCAGAAUGGCACUGGUUGAAGGUCACAAGAAUAGGUGAGCCUGUGUUCCCCAUGGAUUCUCCUCACAAGAAGCCGUAUGAGACAAUCAUACUGGGCAGGUUUAAGGACCAAUUAGAGGGCCCAGGCUCACCUCCACUCUGUGAUGUACCCAAACACAAGGUCAUCUGCAGUGUGCCCUGUGUCAUACAUUCCAGAAAACCACAGCUGGACGAAGUCUUGCAGAAGUACCUGCCACCAUCACCCAUCUGCUUGGAGCUGUUUGCCAGGAGCCUUCAGCCAAGUUGGACCAGCUGGGGCAAUGAGGUCAUCAAGUUCCAGCACCUAGACUUCUUCAAUGAAGACCAGGUUGAGAAGUCCUGAAUGUCUGCUUUAUCAGCCAACUGUCCUUCUAUGUCUCUUUAUUUAUUUAGAACAGAAGUUCACACAUGAUGAAAGGAACAUAGAAUGGUAAACCAGAAAAGAAAGAUUGGGGCUCUCCCCUGGUAUAUUGCAAUAUUCUUUGAAUAGUUUGUUUUAUGUAACUAAAUGUACAAUCUUUUAUAUAACUCAAUGUACAUUUUUUAAUUAAAAAUUGUGUACUUUUAUUAUAGACUGAGUCUGUUCAUUAAUUGGAAUUCUUUGUUGUCAACUUUAAGUUAGUAAGGAAGCUAGAAUAGCUAAUGAUUGAUUUUUAUCAAGCAUAGUAACUGUACUGGGGCAACAUAAAAUGUGGCCA